AUGAAAAUGCUUGUAGACGUUCAGAUUAUUGUGCGCAGCUCUUCCGCAUCCCGAUCAGAAAACGAUUUAGGCAUUAACGAUUUCUCUGUCGAAAACGUCUUGAAUGGAAUUUCUGAGAAUGGUUUCCAAAGUGAAUUUGCCAGGAACGGAAUCAUGAACGAAGAUGGCGAUAACAAAUUUAUCGAUGAAGAUGAAAACGACCAGAACGACUUCUUUAACGAGAAUGAAGUAUACGAAAAGUAUUUUCAAAGCGCAAACGAAAUAGAGGGGAGACGCACCUUUUCGGAAGAGGAAAUAAGAGAUAUCAGCGUCAAAGUCAAACACAGUGGAGAAGAAAAGGAGGUGCUACCCCUAUUCGACUGCUCGAAACCCGACGAUCUAUUCAAUACGUACAUGCAGUUGCAGCUGAACGAUCUGUUCGAAAAGGAGAAGCGAGUGCAAUACGAGUGCGAAUACACUAAGAAAGCCCUCAGCUUCCUUAAAUUGCCAAAGGGCUUCAAUUACCUGGAGGAUCAAAAGCUAACGGUAAUGAUACACGAAAAGGCGGAAGGAAAGAAAAUUAAAAGAGGUUUGAAUAUAUACGACCUCUCUACAAAAGUCAGCUGGAAAUUUUUGUGCAAUCUGCAUCAGGUGAGGAGCCAAAGCUAUCAGGAAUUGCAUCAUGCGCUUUUGAUGUGA